AUGGGUGAGGAUGAUGGGUUGGGUGGGUUAGGUGGUGGUGUUGGGUAUGGGGAGAAGGAGACGUUGUUCUCGUAUGAUGAUGAUGAAGGGAAGGAUGUGUAUAGCAAACCGCGCCCUGUGCAGAGUCGGAUAGCGAGUGGGAGGCUUCCAGCGCCGCCUCUUCCUCCUCCUACCUCCUUCAAAGAAUUCCUCUGGCAAAACGCCGAACACAUCCCACCGAUCAUCUACACACUCCUCUCCUGCUGGACACGCUACCACAAAAUCGGCGCCUCCAAUAUCGUCGUCUGGGACGAAGCCCAUUUCGGCAAAUUCGGGUCGCAUUACCUCAAGCGCGAGUUUUACUUUGAUGUGCACCCGCCGUUGGGCAAGAUGUUGGUUGGCCUGGCGGGACUGUUGGCGGGGUAUAAUGGCGGUUUCGAGUUUAAGAGUGGGGAGACGUACCCCGAGACUGUGCCGUAUGUUGCGAUGAGGGUUAUGCUUGCGACGUUUGGGGUGUUGAUGGUCCCCCUUGCUUGGUAUACCUCGUUGGAGUUGGGUAUGAGUUUGUGGGCUAGUCAUUUGACUACGCUUAUGGUUUUGCUUGAUGUCGGCUGGCUGGUUAUCUCUCGUUUCAUUCUCUUGGAUUCGAUGUUGCUCUUCUUCACGUUCCUUACUGUUUUCUGUUUAACUCGGUUCCAUAACGAGCAGUAUGACCCGUUCUCCAUUGAUUGGUGGGCGUGGUUGCUCUUUACUGGUAUUUCUAUCGGUUGCGUUACGAGCGUCAAGAUGAUUGGCCUGUUCGUUACCGCUCUUGUUGGUAUCUACACUAUUGAAGACCUCUGGGACAAAUUCGGCGAUACGCGACUCACAGUCAGAGAGCAAGCCAAACACUGGGGAGCUCGGAUUCUCUGCUUGAUCGUCGUCCCCAUCCUCGUCUUCAUGGCCUCGUUCAAGGCUCACUUUAUGGUUCUCAACCGCUCUGGACCAGGUGAUGCCCAGAUGAGCUCGCUCUUCCAGGCUAACCUUGUCGGUAACGAUUUCUACAAGAAUCCUCUCGAAAUCGCGUACGGCUCCAAAGUGACCUUGAAGAACAUGGGUUGGGGCGGUGGCCUCCUUCACUCGCACGUCCAAACCUACCCGGUCGGGUCGAACCAACAACAAGUCACCUGCUACCACUACAAGGACAACAACAACGAUUGGGUCAUCCUGCCUCGUUGGGAGGAAUCCAAAUUCGACCCCGUCGAAGGCGAACUUCGGUACCUCAAGCACGGUGAUAUCGUCCGCCUCAACCACGCGCCUACGACCCGCAACCUGCACUCGCACACCGUCACUGCGCCCGUCACGAAACUCAACUACGAAGUUUCGUGUUACGGCAACAGCACUGUCGGUGAUCGUCAUGAUUAUUGGCAAGUUGAGGUCGUUGAUGAUAUUAAGAGGGGGAAGCUUGGACCUGGGGAGAGGAUUCAUUCGUUGACGACGAGGUUGAGGUUUAGGCAUAAGGUGCUUGGGUGUUAUUUGAGAGCUGCGAAUGCUGUUUUGCCGCAGUGGGGGUUCAAGCAGAUUGAGGUUAGUUGUGAUAAGGAGAAUAAUCCGAGGGAUGCGCAUACGCAUUGGAAUGUGGAGAGUCAUUGGAAUGAGAGGCUCCCAGCCGGCAACAUGAAACUCUACAAAUCCCCCUUCCUACGCGACUUUUGGCAUUUGAACGUGGCGAUGAUGACGUCCAACAAUGCUUUGAUCCCCGACCCUGACAAGGAGGAUAUCCUCGCUUCCAAACCGUUUGAUUGGCCUUUGUUGCAUUUGGGCUUGAGGAUGUGUGGGUGGGGUGAUAAUCAGUUGAAGUUUUAUUUGCUUGGUACCCCCGUGAUCUGGUGGGCGAGUACAAUCAGUCUUGUGGUUGGGUUGAUGACAUUUGGCGUGUACAUGUUGAGGUGGCAGCGCAAGUAUGUGGAUAUGGAUCAGAGGGAGUGGGAUCAUUUUAUGUAUGUGGGCAAGAUUGCGUUUUUUGGAUGGGUUUUCCAUUAUGUCCCGUUCUUGAUCAUGGGUCGCGUUACCUAUCUGCAUCACUACCUCCCAACCCUCUACUUUGCCGUCCUCAUGCUCUCCCACGUCCUGGACCACUUCAUUUUCAGCUCGCGCCGUUUCUCGACCAAGACUAAAUCGAUUGUGUUUGGUGUUAUUGCGGGUAUCAUCGUGUUUACGUUUUGGUGGUUCAAGGGUGUUGCGUUUGGGAUCCAGGGUCCGAUUAAUGAGCAUUGGGGGUUGCAGUGGCGGAAGACGUGGAAUAUCUAUAACAACUAA